AUGGAGAAGCACGGCGGCAGGGCGCCCGAGCUCAAGCUGUGGGCGCCGCCCAGCCGCGGCAGCGUGCCGCCAGCAGCCAAUGGCGGCAGCGCUGAGGCAGGGCUGCCCGAGCGCUCCCAAGACGUGCGCCCUCGCUCGGUCGCCUCGGCAGCCGCCGCCACACCCGCCCCCGCCACGCCGCCCAGCAGCAAGCAGGCCACGGCGGUGGUGGAGGGGCGCGUGCGGCCGCCGAACGAGGCCGUGGCAGAGCUGCGGGAGGUGGAUGUGCGGGCCGCCUUUGCGGGCCUGCCCCGCAUCAAGCCGCACUGGACGCACAAGUACAUGAAGAUCCUGCUGGUGGGCGAGUCGGGGCUUGGCAAAACGACUUUUGUACGCAACCUGUUCGCCGCCUACGCCCGCGACGCCUCCUUCCCAGUGAACGACGCCUCCGUGCCCAACGCGCCGCGGAUCUUCCAGGACAACCCGGAGGCACUGUGCACCGAGAUUGUGCUGCAGGACAGCGAGCACAAGGUGUUCUACCACUACCUCGUGCAGGACACGCCAGGAUACGGCGACUCUGUUGACCUGGCGGCCGACCGCCGCUUGAUCCUGGACCACAUUCAAGACUGCUCCUGCGGCUACCUGGAGCAGGCGCGCCGGCCCACCCACUGUGCUGGCGAGCAGGACCCUGACCGCAAGGCGGCCAUGCACGCCAUCAGGGACACCCGCGUGGACAUCGACCUGCGCUUCAUGUCUGAGCUCGCGGCAGAGGUGCCGGUGGUGCCGGUGCUGGCCAAGGCUGACACCAUGACGGCAGAGGAGCUCAAGGAGUUCCGCCACCGCGUGCGCGACGGGCUGCGCCGCGAGCGCAUGAAGUCGCCCUUCUCCCACGAUGCGCUGGAGGAGGCGGGGGCGCGUCACGGCCCGCCCUUUGCCGUCAUCGGCAGCAACACGAUGGACCUGGAGGUGGGCAGGUUCUGGCCGGUGCGCAGGUACCCCUGGGGCUCGGUGGAGGCGAUGCUGACUCAGCACUCGGACCUGCCGGUGCUGCGCCGCCUGCUGUUUGAGACCGGGUACCUGGAGCUCAAAGACGGCACCGAGCAGCGCUUCCACGAGUACCGCCACCAGCACUGCGGCGGGGCGCGGCCCCACGGCCUCGUGGGCGCGCUCAACGGCGUGGCGCGCAAGCUGCUGCUGGGCGGCGGCCUGGUGUUUGCGGUGUGGCUCAUGGCGGGGGGUGGGGCCGAGGUGCUGAAGGAUGAGGUGAAGAGGAAGGAGGCUGUGCGCCGCGUGAAGGGCAAGGUCAGCGAGGUGGUGGAGCAGGCGGUGGAGGCGGUGCACGAUGUGGGGGGCAAGGCGCAGGAGGCCGCCGCUGUGGCCAAGAGCACCACCAGCGCGGCGGCGGACGCGACCAAGCGCGCCGUGGAAGACGCUGCCAGCAAAGCGGGCAGGGCGCUGGAGACUGAGGAGCAGCGCAAGAGGCGAGUGAAUGGCGCUGCUGGCUGGGGCCUGGGCUGA